AUGACGCCGCUGGGUGGCGAACCGGCCUCGGCUGAGCUGGAGCGGCUAGGUGCGCAGUGUCUGGCGACGGCGACCGAGUGGAUCGCGUAUGGUGAGUCUGGUGAGGCACGCGCUGUGCCAUGGCCCAGUGUGGAUGCGUUUCGGGCAUCGAUGGACGUGCGUCUGCCUGAGCAGGGCGUCGAUGAGAGCUCCCUUUUGGAGAAGAUGCGGGCGAUUCUGUACAAUAGUGUGAAUCCGUGGACGGAGAGGUUUCUUGAGAAGCUGUAUUCGGCGCCGGCGGUCGUUUCGAUUCUAGGUGAUAUGCUGCUGGGCGUCAUGAAUGCCUCUGUCCAUGUGUUUUCCGCGUCGCCGAUCCUCACGAUGAUCGAAGAGCAGUGUGCGGCAGCUCUGUGCGAGCGCGUGGGAUACGGUCCGCAAGCAGAUGGCAUCACGAUGCCGGGAGGCGCGGCAUCCAAUACCCUGGGCGUGCAAGUGGCCCUUUUGCAAAAGUUCGGCGGCGUGUAUCGCCGGGGCGGCGUCUAUGCCUUGAUGAAGGCGUACCGCGAGCAGCAUGGGCGUGUAGAGCGCGGUGCCUACCCUGCGAUUCUUACGAGUGCUAGUGCGCAUUUUUCCAUCGCUCGGGCGGCUGUGGCGGCGGGACUGGGCACAGACGCCGUCGUGCACAUUCGGACCGACGCGCACGGUCGGAUGGACGUGCGCGAGUUGGAGCGCAUGUGUGCCGAGAUGCAAGCGGACGCAGCGCAUCCGCAGGGUGUGCCUUUGAUCGUGUGUGCGACGAGCGGCACGACGGUGCUGGGCGCGUUCGAUGAUGUGGCAGCGAUCGCCGAGGUGUGUCGCAAGUACGAUUUGUGGCUGCAUGUGGAUGCCUCUUGGGGCGGCGCAGCUGCCUUUUUACCGCUCGAUGCGCCGGAACGGAGCGUGCUAGCGGGUCUGGAGAACGCGCACAGCAUCACGAUCAAUCCGCACAAGCUGCUGGGCGUGACGCACCAAUGCUCCUUCCUGCUCGUGCAUGACAAGAGCGUGCUGAUUCCGCCAUCUCACAGCGAUGGCGGCUAUCUAUUUCAUGCACCGGCAGAAGAUGCCCUGGACAUGGCGACAAAGACGCUGGGGUGCGGCCGGCGUGGCGACGCACUCAAGUUUUACCUCGUGUGGCUGCGCUACGGCACUCAGGGACUGGGCGACCAUAUUGCCCAUGGCCUGCGGAUGGCGCAGGCCCUGUGGCAGCGGCUGCAGCGUAUACCCUCGCUUGAGCUGGGGCCGCAUGCCGAUCCGCUGUUUCUGCAGAUUUGCGUGCGCCCACGCGAGCAGUCGGUGCGGGCGCUGCAUGCACAGCUGCAGGCGCAUGGCCAGUUUGCCGUCGACUAUGCGCCACUCGACGACGGCCAAGAGUACCUGCGCCUCGUCGUGCAUCCACGUACGCCAUGGCAUGUCUACGAACAGCUGCUGGCCUACUUGGGUGAAGGAAGAUCGUAUUAG